AUGGCAACUCAGGACGUACGAGGUAUUCUUUUCACACAUACCCAGCAUCAGCAGGGGUUUCGACUGCUGGAAUUGCCUCCAGACCUGGAGGCACUACUUACAUCCAAAGAUGCCCCCGUAUUGGAACUCAAGUCCCCCUCCUCCGCUCUGGCACAAGCGGUAGUCGAUCCCAGUGCCCUGGAAUACGUCAACCUUUGUACUCCUACCCAAACCUACCGAAUCCGCCAGGUCCAAUCGUCCAAUUCACUCCAUAUCCUACGACCAAGUCCUGGCAACAUCUCUCAGGCGGAUAUCAAAGUUGUUGGAGAGGAGGAUGAGGAUAGUGGCGCUUUGAAGAUUCCCGAUGAUGCGGUGAGCAGCAUAGCGAAGUGCGGAUCGACACUGGAGCUACAUGUGCCACCAGGAGGAUUUUCUGCGGUCCCGUUCCUAGAGAAAAGCCUACAACUAUAUGACCCGCGAAGCGGCGAUGACGACGGGGAUGUCAUGAUGGACGAGUCCUCUGAUUCCCCUGUUGAUAAAGGCCCCGCUGAGGUACGACGAUUAAGGGAUUUGGUGUGCGCGGAUAUUCCUGUCUGUGCAACACAAUGCGAGCAGGGCUGGGUCGAAAUCUGCGCAUUUAUAGAUGGAAAGCAUGAGUUGACGUGCUGGAGACCCUCGGCGCGGAUAUGUUUGAACGUUUGGAAGCGGAUGAUGGAGGGUGCCGUUCUACAAGGUAUCGAUCUGGAAAAACAGUUCCUUGUCGGGGACUUGUGGAAAUCGGUUCUUGAUGACGAUGAUACGCCGGAACCGUUUCCAAGAGCCUGCCUUGAGGCUGUGGUGAGAAAGCUCUGUACUGCGGAGGAGCGACCAGCGCUAGCAGAUGAGCUCAAAUGGGCAAGCUUUGAAAAAGUCGAGUGUACACGAUGGGUAGGCGAGACGUAUCUUGCGGCCAAGGCACCUACAGCGUCUUCUGCCAUUGGACGGAGUGAUUUCCUCCGCGCAUGGAAAGAUUGUCUACCAGAGUCGUGGAGAGGCGAUGCAGCACUAUCAAAACUACAAGAUGGGUCAUACCGAAGCCCCGAUCCUACAACAAUUUUCUUUGUUGAGCCUUCGCAGCGCCAGCAGAGCAGCAAAGCUGCCACCGCUGGCUCAGCUCCGGCGGCCAAGGCCAAACCCACUAGGAAUUGGCAUGAAUUGCUCAAAAAUUCAAAGCGCAAUUGA